CUUUUUUUCGUGCUCAAAUAAAUUAAAAAUAAUACUUGUAAUAAUAAUAUAUAUAUAAUUAUGUCUGAAACGAACGAGUGGGCAAAUUGGAUAGAAGAGGCUAUUUCUAAAAAACAUAUUAGAUAUUAUGAGUAUGAGUACUUUAGUAAUAUUCAAGAAAUUGGUGUUGGUGGCUUCGGUAAAAUUUACCGUGCUAAUUACAAAAGUUCAGAACAAUAUCUCGUGUUAAAAUCUCUUCUUAACCUUGAUAAUAUCGCUAUUAAAGAGCUCGUUAAUGAGGCCUUUAAGAAAUACUUAUUGGUGAUGGAAUACGCUGAUGGUGGUUCCCUCAAAAAAUUUUUAAAAGAAAAUAAGGAUAUUACUUGGAAGGACAAAUGUAAACUUGCGUAUCAGUUGUCCUGUGCUGUAGCGUGCUUACACGAUGAAGGAAUCGUACAUCGUGAUUUGCACUCAAACAACGUAUUAGUUCAUCAGGGAAACAUCAAAUUGGCAGAUUUUGGGUUGUCAAAAAAAGUUGGUGAUGCAUCUAAAACUCAAAGAGAAUUAUUUGGUGUAGUCCCUUACAUUGAUCCAAAAAGAUUCGGCUCAAGAACAUACUCUUUAAAUAAAAAGAGUGAUGUAUAUAGUAUUGGCGUACUUUUGUGGGAGAUAUCAAAAGGUCAGCCACCAUUUUAUGUAGAAGGCGAAUCAUACGAUGCUAGUCUAGCUAUACAAAUUUUACAAGGUUCUAGAGAAUCAACCGUUCCUGGUACCCCUGCCGAUUAUGUUAAACUUUAUAGUGAAUGUUGGGAUGGUGAUCCAGAUAAAAGGCCAUCUAUUCAAGAGGUCGUUGAUAGAUUAAAAUCAAUGGUCUCACAAUCGGAUACGACAUCUCAACAACAAAUUGAAAGUGAUCAAAUACCAAGUAAAAAUAUGACUAUGAAUAGCGCGGAAAAUUAUGCAUCUCAUGGAGAUUUAUCUCAAAUCAUUCGAAGUUUUGAUAAAAUGAAUAUGGAAACUUUUACAUCAACGAGUAAUAAGCAAGGUUUUAUUUUACCUGAAAAUGAAUUAAACUUGAAUGCAGUAGAAUCUGCAAUGUCAUCAAGUGAUAUUGAGCCACCUCAGAACGCGGAAGUUGAGGAAAUUAUAAAAUUCAUUUUUGAAGUAACAAAUAGAAUAAAUGAAGUUAAUGAAAAAUCAUUUAGAAAAAAACAUAUUCUUGAUUUUCUUAAAAAUAAUAAUAUAAAUUCUCAAGAAAUUCAUGAUUGGUUAUUGAAACAUCAGUACAGUAGUAUGAAUGCCACCUUCUUACUUGGAUAUUUCAACUAUUAUGGAAUUGAAACUGUUGAGAAUCACGAUAGAGCAUUCAAUUUUUUCUCUAAAGCAUCAAAGCAAAAUCAUAUGUUGGCUCGAUAUUUUGUUGGUAAAUGUUAUCAAAAUGGUUAUGGAACUACAAAAAAUGAAAGUAUGGCCUUUAGAUAUUUUGAAAAAUUAGCGAAUGAAAAUUUUGCUAUAGGUCAGUUAGAAGUUGGUUAUUGUUAUAAUCUAGGAUUAGGGGUUAAUGAAGAUCCAGAAAAGGCUAUUCAUUGGUAUGAAAAAGCUUCAGAUAACGGAAAUGUAGCGGCUACGUAUAAACUUGGUCAAAAAUAUAUAAAUGGAAUGGGCGUCAGUAAAAAUUUAGAAAAAGCCUUUGAAUUGUUCAAGAGAUCAGCUGAAAAGGGGUAUUUAGAUGGAAUGGUAAUGUUAGGAGUUUGUUAUAAUGGUGGUAUUGGUACUAAUAUUGAUUGGACGAAGGGGUUUGAAUGUUAUGAAAAAGCUGCAAAUUUAGGAAAUAUGAUUGCUCAAUAUAAUUUAGCUAACAUGUAUAAAAAUGGUGAAGGAACUGAAAAGAAUAUGGAAAUGGCGAUUCAUUGGUUCAAAGUAUCUGCUGAACAAGGGUAUUCAAAUGCUCAAAAACAGUUGGAUAGAUUAUUAAAAAGUUAAAAAAAAAUUUAUUUGUAAGCCUAUUUUAAGA